GUUGGUUCGCGAGCUGCAGUUCGAGAGCUCGAGCGAAGCAGACAAUCGCGAAGGACGGAGAGGUUUUUUUAAAAUUCUGAUUUAAAAAAAUAAGUGAAGUUCAUUUAUUUCCACAGAUUAUAAUUCAGGUCUCCAGUUCAUCAUGGCUGGACGAGAUGCAGAGCGGUAUCUUUAUGUGGACAAAAAUGUCAUCAAUAACCCAUUGACACAAGCUGAUUGGGCAGCAAAAAAACUGGUGUGGGUGCCCUCAGAACGUAAUGGAUUUGAGGCUGCAAGCCUCAAGGAGGAAAUGGGUGAUGAGGCACUAGUUGAGUUGGUAGAAAAUGGCAAAAAAGUCAAAGUCAACAAGGAUGACAUCCAGAAGAUGAACCCACCCAAGUUCUCCAAGGUUGAAGACAUGGCAGAGCUGACUUGUCUGAAUGAGGCUUCUGUACUACACAAUUUGAAAGAACGUUACUACUCAGGGCUAAUCUAUACAUACUCAGGUCUUUUCUGUGUGGUGAUCAAUCCAUACAAGAAUCUGCCUAUCUACACGGAGGAAAUUGUUGAGAUGUACAAGGGAAAGAAACGGCAUGAAUUACCACCUCACAUCUAUGCCAUUGCAGACACUGCAUAUAGGAGCAUGUUACAAGAUCGUGAGGACCAGUCAAUCCUCUGCACUGGAGAGUCAGGUGCUGGUAAGACAGAAAAUACCAAGAAAGUGAUUCAAUACUUAGCUCAUGUUGCUUCAUCUCACAAAUCUAGAAAGGAACAGCAGUCUACGGUGUUAGCAUACGGAGAGCUUGAGAGGCAACUGCUCCAAGCCAAUCCUAUCCUUGAAGCUUUCGGCAAUGCAAAAACCGUGAAAAAUGACAACUCUUCCAGAUUUGGCAAAUUUAUUCGAAUUAACUUUGAUGUGAAUGGCUACAUUGUCGGAGCCAAUAUUGAAACUUAUCUGUUGGAAAAAUCUCGUGCCAUACGCCAAGCCAAAGAUGAACGUACCUUCCAUAUUUUUUAUUACCUACUUUCUGGUGCUGGAGAACACUUGAAAACUGAUCUAUUAUUAGAGGGUUACAAUAACUACAGAUUUCUCUCUAAUGGCCACAUCACCAUUCCUGGACAGCAAGACAAGGAUUUGUUUCAGGAAACGAUGGAGGCGUUCCGAAUCAUGGGAAUUCCUGAUGAUGAACUAAUUGCCAUGCUGAAGGUUGUUUCUGCAGUACUUCAAUUUGGAAACAUAGUUUUCAAGAAGGAACGCAACACCGACCAAGCCUCUAUGCCUGAUAAUACAGCUGCCCAGAAAGUCUGCCAUCUGCUGGGAAUCAAUGUUAUGGACUUCAGCAGGGCAAUUCUCACUCCCCGCAUUAAAGUUGGGAGGGAUUAUGUUCAGAAAGCUCAAACCAAAGAACAAGCUGACUUUGCUGUUGAGGCUUUGGCCAAAGCCACUUACGAGCGCCUCUUCCGUUGGCUGGUUAUGCGCAUCAACAAAGCUUUGGAUAGGACCAAGAGACAGGGUGCUUCCUUUGUGGGCAUUCUGGAUAUUGCUGGCUUUGAGAUUUUUGAGCUAAACUCCUUUGAACAGUUGUGCAUUAACUACACAAAUGAAAAACUGCAACAGCUCUUUAAUCACACGAUGUUUAUUCUGGAGCAAGAAGAAUAUCAGCGAGAAGGAAUUGAAUGGAAUUUUAUUGAUUUUGGUCUUGACUUGCAACCUUGCAUUGACUUAAUUGAAAAAUCUGCUAGCCCUCCUGGUAUUCUGGCUCUGCUUGAUGAAGAGUGCUGGUUCCCCAAAGCCACUGACAAGACAUUUGUUGAGAAAGUGAUGCAGGAGCAGGGAACCCAUCCUAAGUUCCAGAAACCUAAGCAGCUAAAAGACAAAGCUGACUUCUGCAUUAUUCAUUAUGCUGGCAAGGUGGACUACAAAGCAAAUGAAUGGCUGAUGAAAAAUAUGGACCCACUGAAUGAUAACAUUGCCACCUUACUGCAUCAAUCUUCUGAUAAGUUUAUAGCUGAUCUCUGGAGGGAUGUGGACCGCAUUGUUGGACUGGAUCAAGUUGUAGAGAUGUCCCAUACAACAUUGCCUGGUGCAUUCAAAACCAAAAGGGGCAUGUUCCGCACAGUUAGUCAACUUUACAAAGAGCAGCUUUCAAAAUUGAUGGCUACAUUGAGGAACACCAACCCUAACUUUGUACGCUGCAUUAUUCCUAACCACGAGAAGAAGUCUGGAAAACUGGAAGCUCACCUUGUUUUGGAUCAGUUACGAUGCAAUGGUGUCCUUGAGGGUAUUCGUAUUUGUAGACAGGGAUUUCCCAACAGGAUUGUGUUUCAGGAAUUCCGUCAAAGAUAUGAAAUCCUUACUCCUAAUUCAAUUCCUAAAGGUUUCAUGGAUGGAAAGCAGGCUUGUGUACUUAUGAUCAAAGCUCUAGAGCUGGAUCCUAAUCUGUACCGGAUUGGACAGAGUAAGGUGUUCUUCCGUGCUGGUGUAUUGGCUCAUCUUGAGGAAGAGCGAGACUUGAAGAUCACUGAUGUCAUCAUAGAAUUCCAAGCCCUGUGCAGAGGUUACUUGGCAAGAAAGGCCUUUGCUCGACGCCAGCAACAGUUGAACGCUAUGAAAGUGAUACAGAGGAACUGUGCUGCUUACUUGAAACUGCGGAACUGGCAAUGGUGGAGAUUGUUCACAAAGGUGAAGCCAUUGCUUCAGGUGAGUCGACAAGAGGAGGAAAUGAUUGCCAAGGAGGAUGAGUUGUUGAAAACCAAGGAGAAACAGUUGCAAGCAGAAAAUAGAUUGUCUGAACUGGAGGAGCAACACACCCAGUUGUUGGCUGAGAAGUCUGCUCUGCAGGAGCAACUACAGGCUGAGACUGAGCUCUGCGCUGAAGCAGAGGAGAUGAGGGCACGACUUGCAACCAAGAAGCAGGAGCUGGAGGAGAUUCUCCAUGAUCUGGAAGCAAGAGUGGAGGAGGAGGAGGAACACUGUCAGCAGCUAGUAACCGAUAAGAAGAAAAUGCAACAAACAGUACAGGAAUUGGAGGAACAACUGGAAGAAGAGGAGGCAACUCGACAAAGGAUGCAACUGGAAAAGAGUAAUCUUGAUUGUAAGAUGAAGGCCAUGAGUGAUGAAAUCUUUGUACUGGAAGAUCAGAGCAGUAAACUCAUGAAGGAGAAAAAACUGAUGGAGGACAGAAUAGCAGAGUUCACCACUAACCUUGCAGAAGAAGAAGAGAAGUCCAAAAGUCUGACCAAACUCAAGGCUAAACAUGAAACCAUGAUUACAGACCUGGAAGAUCGUUUGAAGAGAGAGGAAAAGCUGCGACAAGAAUUGGAGAAGAAUCGCCGUAAAUUGGAGGGAGACUCGUCUGAUUUACAUGAUCAGAUUUCUGAACUGCAACAACAGAUUGCAGAACUCCGAGCACUGCUAGCUAAGAAAGAAGAGGAGCUCCAGGCUGCACUGUCCAGAAUAGAUGAAGAAGCUACGCAAAAGAAUAUUGCCCUGAAGAAAAUCCGUGAACUGGAAUCUCACAUUAGUGAGUUGCAGGAGGAUUUGGAAUCUGAGAAAGUUGCUAGAGCUAAGGCUGAUAAACAGAAAAGAGAUCUUGGUGAGGAAUUGGAGGCUUUGAAAACAGAACUGGAAGAUACACUUGACUCUACUGCUGCCCAACAAGAACUCAGAGCAAAACGGGAGCAAGAAGUGAGUCAGAUGAAGAGAGCCCUGGAAGAUGAAGCAAAAACCCAUGAAUUACAGAUUCAGGAAAUGAGACAAAAACACUCUCAGAUUGUGGAAGAUCUGUCUGAGCAACUUGAACAGACAAAACGGUUCAAAACUGGACUGGAGAAAACCAAACAGGCCCUGGAGAAUGAACGCAAUGAGGUUAGCACUGAAGUGAAGCGUCUGAUGCAGGCUAAAGCUGAAUCUGAGCACAAGCGGAAGAAGCUGGAGACCCAAUUGCAGGAACUCCAAGUUAAAAAUACAGAUGGGGAUCGUUCCCGAACUGAGCUGAUUGAAAAAGUCAACAAGUUGCAGAGUGAGUUGGACAAUGUUACUUCGCUAAUGAAUCAGGCGGAAAGCAAGACAAUUAAACUAACCAAGGACCACAGUACCCUGGAAUCCCAACUACAGGACACACAGGAGCUGCUUCAAGAGGAGACUCGACAGAAGUUGGCUUUUAGUACCAAGUUGAGACACAUGGAAGAUGAGAACAAUCGCCUUCAAGAGCAGCUGGAAGAGGAAGAAGAGGGAAAGAGAAACUUGGAGAAACAGAUUGCCAGCAUCCACACUCAAUUAGCAGAAUCCAAGAAACGCCAGGAAGAUGGAAAUGCAUCAUUGGAACUUGCUGAGGAAGUUAAGAGAAAGCUGCAAAAAGACAUGGAAGUCUUGACUCAGCGUUAUGAAGAGAAAAUAGGUGCCUAUGACAAGUUAGAGAAGACCAAGAACCGUCUGCAGCAGGAGCUGGAUGAUCUGAUUGUGGGUUUGGACCACCAAAGGCAGACUGUUUCCAAUCUUGAGAAGAAACAAAAGAAAUUUGACCAGAUGCUAGCUGAAGAAAAGAACAUUUCCUUAAAGAACGCAGAGGAACGGGAUCGUGCGCAGGCAGAGGCACGGGAGAAAGAGACUAAAACUUUGUCGCUGACUCGUGCCUUGGAGGCAGCUAUGGAGCAGAAAGAAGAGAUGGAGAAAAUGAGCAAGCUACUGCGUGCAGAGAUGGAAGACCUUGUUAGCUCCAAGGAUGAUGUAGGAAAGAAUGUGCAUGAGCUGGAAAAGUCAAAACGCGCUCUGGAGCAGCAGGUGGAAGAGAUGAAAACUCAGCUGGAAGAGCUGGAGGAUGAGCUCCAGGCCACUGAAGAUGCUAAGCUACGACUGGAAGUAAAUCUGCAAGCCAUGAAAGCUCAGUUUGACAGGGACCUGCUGAGUAAGGAUGAGCAGAGUGAAGAAAAGAGGAGGCAGUUAAUUAAGCAGGUCCGUGAGAUGGAGAGUGAACUGGAAGAUGAACGAAAGCAGCGUUCCAUGGCUGUUACCGCCAAGAAGAAGCUGGAAAUGGAUUUGAAGGAUUUGGAGGGACAAAUUGAAACAUCAAACAAAGGUCGUGAGGAAGCCUUGAAGCAGUUCCGCAAACUACAAGCUCAGCUGAAAGACUACCAGCGUGAAUUGGAAGAAGCUUGCAGCUCUCGAGAGGAAAUCCUGACUCAGUCCAAAGAAAAUGAGAAGAAGGUUAAGGCACUUGAGGCAGAAAUGCUUCAUAUGCAAGAGGAACUUGCUGCGGCAGAGCGUGCCAAGAGACUGAUACAGCAGGAGAGGGAUGAGCUGGCUGAGGAGAUUGCCAGCAACAGUUCUGGAAAGUCUUUGGCUUUAGAGGAAAGGAGACGGCUUGAGGCGCGGAUUGCUCAGCUGGAGGAAGAAGUAGAGGAGGAGCAGACCAAUGCUGAAAUGGCCAAUGAUCGUCUCAGAAAAGCCAAUCUCCAGGUUGACCAGAUAAAUGCAGACCUUUCAGCUGAACGCAGCAAUGCCCAGAAGGCUGAAAAUGCUCGCCAGCAAUUAGAACGUCAGAAUAAGGAGCUGAAAGCCAAGUUGCAAGAGAUGGAGAAUGCUGUUAGAUCUAAAUACAAGGCAAAUAUCACAGCACUGGAGGCUAAAAUUGCUCAACUGGAGGAGCAACUCGAUACAGAAACACGGGAAAAACAAGCUGCCAGUAAAUUAGUGCGUCGCUCUGAAAAGAGGCUGAAGGAGGUGAUGCUGCAGAUGGAGGAUGAAAGACGCAAUUCUGAUCAAUACAAAGACCAGGUCGAAAAAGCAAACUCUCGUUUGAAGCAAUUGAAACGACAGCUGGAGGAGGCAGAAGAGGAAGCCCAGCGUGCAAAUGCUUCCCGCAGAAAACUGCAGCGAGAACUGGAAGAUACCACUGAAACGGCAGAUGCAAUGACCCGUGAAGUCAGCACACUCAAGAGCAAGCUCAGGCGUGGAGAGUUGCCAUUCGGUAUACGUCGUACUGCAGGCAGAAAACUGGAUGAAAUAUCGGAUGAUGAUGUUGAAGGUCGAGGUGAAGCAGGCGAUUCCAAAGCUGCUGAAUAAAUGCCAAAACGCCAAUCUACAUUCAGUAUAAACGCCAUCACUGGGCUUAUUGUGAUUACGAUUUUUUUU